AUCAACUGGUUACUAUUAAAAUAAAAUAAAUCACUUGUUCUGUGUCGAAUGGGUAGCGCUGUCGGAAAACUUCUUGGACUGCUUCUGUGCUUGCAAUGUCUCAUAGAAUUGCAUGGAGUCUUCAUAAGGUUCACCAAUGUAACCUGCGAGAGCAAGGACCUCAGCAUGAGUAUCGUGGAGUACUGUGAAGUGACUAAUCUGAGCAAGAAUAAAAACAGCAUAAGUCUUCGGUACACUAUGCUCAAGCCGAUGCUUAGAAAUAUAGAGGUUUACUUUCAGCUGAUGACAAGGGGCAGUGAGAGUAUCAACACGGUUUCAAACUGGCGGCCCUUCCUCCAUACAAUGACACUUGAUUUGUGUAGAUUCUGGAAAAACCACCACAACUAUUUGGCCAGGAUGGUGUUUGAAUUCAUCGAAGGCCAUACAAACGUGAACCACACUUGCCCCUACACGAAAGAAAAUUACAUUUCCAUUGAAGAUGUUACAAAUACCGAAGUCUCUGGCAAGAUCCGUGGAGUGCCUAUGCCAAAGGGUUUCUACGCUUUGUUCACCAAGUGGUCCACUGAAAACAUAUCUCGAGUUCAGACCAACUUUUACUUUGAAGUUCUGAGCCCUUAAUAUGAUAUUGUUUUUAUAUGGAAAUAAAUGUUUAGGGACAAGAUCAAAAAGGUGUGCUAUGGGUGGGGUCUUAAAAACUGAAUUAAGACU